GAGAACGACCACGAUUUGAUAGCACAAAGAAAUAGAUGUUAUUCAUCUGCUAAUUUCACAACAACAAAUUGGUAGUGCAUAUUAUAAACAACUGUCGAAUAAAGCAAUAGCUUGAUGGAAGCGUAUAGGCCUACAUAAUUUAAAAAAAAAGGAAUUACAUAGAUAAUCGUUUUUGAGAAAGUAUCAAAGCAGUCAGAAAAAGGAAAACAACUGAAAACUGCACAUUGCAUCGGAAAACAAAGGAAAUUAGCCUUUUCAAUAUGAGUACAUUAAAUGUACUUUGUGGUAUUUGCAGUGAAUUCUACACCAACACGGACAAAAUUUACGUUACCAGAUGUGGACAUGUUUUUCACCAGCAGUGUCUAUUCCAUUGGCUUCAAGUAUCUCAUACUUGUCCCCAGUGUCGCGAUAGUUGCCUACGCCACCAAUGCCGUAGAAUUUAUUUAAAUUUUGAGCCUCUACGGGAGGAUGAACUGAAAUGUGAAGCUACAUCCGAGAUUUCCAACAAAUUGAGUGGAUACGAAUGGAUUGCUGUUGACUGGGAAAUGGACGAUGAACUUUUAAAAACCUUUGCUUUUCAUUUUGGUACGGAUGAAAAUGGUAACAACAUCUAUUGUGCUCGUGGUUUUCACAAGGGCGACAUAAUACCAGCCUAUUAUAGUCCCAGUAAACGUGGAGUCUUGGCACCGUGGGGUUUUAAAUCACAUUUACUUACUCACAAUAUUGAAAUUUUGGAUAUAAGUUGUGAUGGCGCAGCGGAAUACAAAUGGGUACAUGCAUCAAAUGGCGAUCUACCAGAAAAUGCAUUGGCAACGGGACACACAUCAUAUGGAGAGCCUCUGUACACAGCACGAGCUGAGCAUAAUGGAAAUCUUUUAUAUGGCAAACUUCAUCGCCAGUAUAAAAUGGCCUAUGUACCGUAUGGGGAUGAAGAGCUAUGCAAAUCUCAGUAUGAAGUAUUAGUAAGAAUUUCAAAACUCCAAAACUCUCCCAGCAUCUAAAAAUGAAUGCGAAUUAAUGAAAUUAUUCAAAUAUUUUUAAUAUGUUUGUAUGUACAUAUUUAUUUCGUUUCUUCUAAAAAUUUUAAAUCUUAAUAAAAAUCUCAAUACAUGUACCUAA